AUGGAAAACAACAAUAUACACGAAAGCUCGCAAAUCGUACAACGGUCGAGUGGAAGUGCCUGGGUAGGGUUUUCAGCUCUCUGCACCUCAUUCAUUCCCGGUUUCAUUUUGCGAUUGUUUGGAGUAAAGUCAAAAGAAGCACAGAGCGCCUGGCGAGAAAAGGUAGUUCUUUGUUGGAUGAUCAUUAUCGCUUGCUGCUUUCUAGCCUUCAUUACCUACGGAAUGACCAUGUUCGUCUGCAUCCCGCAGAUGAGUUUUACUAAAGAGAAGAUGCUUGAGAUUAAAGAAGGACCUUGGAUUAUUGUUAGAGGAAAGAUAUUAGAUGUGGCCCCUGGAGAUAUACUGAGCGACCAGACUGGGGCUGAUGUCAGCCGCAUGUUUAAACUAGACACACCUUCUUGCCAGAGUGCUUUUGGCAAAGAUAUUGUUAAUGGUGGCACUAUGGAACUGAGCAACUACGCUGAAGUUGGCCCGAUCAACUAUACGUGGUCCUCUGUGCUUGGCGGAGGGUUAACUGUAAUAGGGAGUAGUGUGUACAAUCUACAGGAUGCAGUUUUGCCACCCUCAAUUUCAUUUCUGAACAAUGCCGUUGAUGCAACUAGAGCCAGUGAGAGAUUGCGGCCGAUUGAAAUGCAGUGCCUACGUGAAUCUUGCUAUGCCGGGGAAUUGGCUUUAAAAUCAGUCGGCUGCCAAAUCACCGACGGUUUUCUUUACAUUUCCUGUGUGACUAUUCUUAGUAUGGUGAUCAGUCGGUUUGUCUUAGCCGUGUUGUAUUCGAUUGUAGCGCGAAUUCAAGCCUGGCGGCUCAUGCGCUCCUCAACCGACACCAUGCCAGUUAUUAUGAUGACUGCUUGCUAUUCAGAAGGCCGUGAAGGUCUUAAAGCCACCUUAGAUAGUUUGUGUCUACAGGACUACACUAAAAAGCUGAUUGUCGUUGUAGCAGAUGGAUUCAUUACGGGGUCGGGCAACGAAGCAUCAACUCCGGACAUUCUCAAGUCUAUGAUUCGGCCAAGCGAUGAUGUUCCCUCCGAGUACAGCACCACCCCACAGCAGUACAUUUCCAUUGCCGCCGGCGCAGCUAAACUCAAUCACGCCGAAGUCCAUGCCGGCACUUAUACAGCCGAAGAUAAACGAGGGGCAGUCACAGCCAAUAUCAUUCUCAUUCUAAAAACGGAAAACCGAGGCAAACGAGAUAGCCAGAUGGUUGUGAUGAACUUCUUCCACCGCAUUCUCUACAAAACCCGCCUAACCCAACUAGACCAAGCUCUCUAUCGCACAAUCAAGACUCUAACCGGCUUGCAUCCCUCCGAAUUUGGCGCCGUGCUUAUGGUUGAUGCCGAUACUUCCGUUCGUCCCAAUGCUCUUCGCAUCAUGGCCCGAACAAUGCAGAAUGAUGAAAACAUCAUGGGUCUCUGCGGCGAAACCCUUAUCUCCAACAAACUCGGCUCCUGGGUAGCCGCCAUCCAAGUUUUUGAGUACUACGCUAGUCACCAUCUAACUAAGGGCUUUGAAAGCAUUUUUGGCAACGUCACCUGCCUUCCCGGCUGUUUCUGUAUGUAUCGCAUCAAAGUCGAACGCGGCGGCAGCCAUGCCCCAAUUCUAGUCGCACCAUCCGUAUUACAUGCCUACGGCAGUGAUGAAACAAAGACUCUCCACGAAAAGAACCUACUACUACUCGGCGAAGACCGGUACCUCACCACUCUUCUCCUCAAGAACUUCCCCAAAAGAAAGCUAGUCUUCCUCCCUAAUGCUCUAUGCGACACAAUAGUUCCCGAUCGUUUUUCCGUUCUACUUAGUCAACGCCGCCGAUGGAUCAACUCAACUAUCCACAAUCUUUUUGAGCUACUCAAAGUCGAUCUCUGCGGCACUUUCUUCUGUUCUAUGCAGUUCAUUGUAGUUCUUGAACUUUUUGGCACCAUUGUUCUUCCAGCCGCCAUUAUCUUUACCGGUGUUCUUAUUCUAACAGCCAUCCUUAUCCAACCAGUCUGGAUUCCUUUAAUCCUUCUUGUUGCCAUCUUAGGACUACCCAUGGGUCUAGUAUUUGUCACCAACUUCAAUCCUCUCUACUUUAUUUGGUUUGUUAUCUAUCUUGUCUCCCUACCCAUAUGGAACUUUGUCCUACCCGUCUAUGCCUUCUGGCACUUUGAUGAUUUCUCCUGGGGCGAAACCCGCCGCAUCGACAAGCCCGAAGAAUCCAUUCCCCACGGCACUACCCCCGAAAAAGAGGCCAAUACCCCACAAGCCAAGAUAAUCCUCACCAACUAUGAAGAGAUCUAG